AUGACGGCGGAACCAAAUAUAUCCUCGUCGAAAGAUGUGCGCGGAAACGUCACGCUACAUAUUGGGAAGCCCACCACAAGCAGCCAAGAGCCUGCGACAGACUCAUCUAUGCGAGUUGCGGCACCGUAUGAGCCUUUAUUCGCACGAAAAAUUCGGCUUCUGAAGUUACUCAAAGGCAAUUACAACGACCCAAUCAGAGUCGAGCUUCAAGUCGCAGACUUGACCAUCAAACCGGAGUACGAAGCCCUAUCGUAUACAUGGGCAGACGAAAAGAAGGACUCUUCAAGGUGCGAGAAGAUUUACAUUGGGGAGCGAUGGGAUAUCCUGCUGGUCACCAAGAACUGCUUCAAUGCUCUUCGCCGUUUACGAUUUUCCUACCGUAGCAGAAGACUUUGGGUCGACGCCAUUUGCAUAAACCAGAAUGAUGCGGGCGAAAGGUCUCAUCAAGUGGGAAUGAUGCAAAGCAUUUACGCAACUGCCACAAGGGUCCUCAUAUAUCUAGGGGAAAACUCAAAAGACGAAGAUACCACUUCUUCAUCUCCGUGGAACUUUGACAUCUGGAACGAAAGAUCAUUGCCUAGAGACAGAGAUCUUACACAAGAGCCAUAUUUCAAGAGGGUCUGGGUUAUUCAAGAGAUCGCUGCAGCGCAAAAUCCAUGGGUUCUUUUUGGGACGAAAGGAGACCGAUGGUUAGAUUUUCUCCAUCAGGUGGAGGAGACCAAGGCCCGAAACUGCAGCUCUAGCGGAAAUUCUGGUGAUAGAUCAAAUCGGCUCCACCAGCUGCAAAAUUGGUUUCAUGUGCUUCCGCAAGGGAAGCUCAUGGAUCUGCAAGAGCUUCCAAGGCUCUUACAAGCUACAGCUCUGUGUAAGGCAACGGACCCCCGGGACAGGGUCUACGCCUUACUAGGUCUCUUCCAAGGAGCAAAACAAGCCCAGUUGAUAGCAGACUAUUCGCUCAGCGUGGACCAAGUUUUUAGCGGCUUGACUGCUUGCAUGCUCUGUCAAAGUCCGGCAUUCAUGCUGCCAAUCUUCGCAGCACUUCAGCCGUCAACCUCGUCUCUGCCUACGUCGUGGGCUAUUGACUGGUCGUCGGCCAGCAUCCUGAACAACAUGGGGCCGUACCUACCCGAGGCGAAUUCGAAAACAUAUCUUAUCAGCGAACCUCGAGAUACUCCUCGCUUCUAUCAUAAUGGUACUAUGGUACUUCGAGGACGCCUCGUGUCUCAACUUUCAAGUUAUUUGUUCGACUCUGAAUCUCGAAAGGGUCCUCCCGGCGUCGUGAAAGGUCACCUUUACCGUAUUUCAGAUACCCGUUUCGCGGAGGUCGUACCAGACUGGGCCGAGUUGACCGACGAAGUUUUAGAAAUCAGAGGGCUGAAGGACCAUGCUCUCGUGCUUCGGCCCGUUAUGAAGGCACCCAAGGCAUAUCACUUUGUAGCUGUUGCCAAACAGCCCCAAAUUGCCCGAAUCACUGAGUUAAUCAACCAUUUGGAUCGCAAGGUGAUUCUUCUUUUCUCUGCUUGGCAAUAUGUUCUCAGAGGCAUGAGCAACGGAGCACUCUGGUUUCAAACAGCCACAUGGGACGCAAUCAAAGCCAUAUGCUGGGAAUUGAAACAUGCGAGAAAUAUGGAAGGCGAGGAUAAGGGCUCGUCGGGUUUUGAUUUUGGAACCCGACUCCGCGACCAGAUCAAGAGCUACGGCCAGAAUCGGAAUUGGUCAGCGAUCAGAUGGAAAACAAACAGUGAAAUACAAAGAGAAGCAAACAAAAACUUUCUACAUCGAGGUAUAGAGCAAAGGCUACAAGAGGAAUCAACGAUCCUGCUGAUUUUUGGAUGGGAAUUGGGGGCUUUUCCGAAUAAAGACGAGUCAGGCCGCUAUCAGCGCAAGCUUCCAUGGAACCCGGCAUAUUUCGAAGAAGGCCAUGUACGAGACUUUUUGCACAGAUUUUCAAAGGUAUAUGGAUACGCAUACAGGGGGCCAGGCCUACAGCAACCUUCACCAGCAAGAUUUGUCAGAGUGCUUCUGAGUCAAGGGCUUGAUCAGCAGAUCAUCACAUUUGAGGGAAUGUUACGGACGGCCGGCGAAGUCCUUCUACGCUGGGAUACGCUCCAGGAAAAGUAUGUGCCAUGGUCACACGACUCUUUGAAUUUGAAGGUCGGGAAAUCUCCUGGUUUUGAGUUGUAUCAUGAGAACAUUUGGCAUUAUGGGCCAUCGAAGGAUUCGCCUUUCAAGACUUGGGCGGCUGACUUCAUUGAUUCAUGGACCCUUCUGGUAAACAAGAGGCCCCGCAGUCCUGAUACUUCUUCUACUACAAUUGCUGAACAAGCAAUUCCUGAAGAAGUAGUUCCUGAAGAGUUAAUUCCUGAAGAGAGAAAUGGUGAUAAGAGAGGGUUCUGGACUACAGCGAAGUUAAUCUGGACGAAAUUGGCAGGCCGUUUUGAGACCCCUGAGGUAAAGCCGGCCGAGGUAAAACCUGCGCCCCCAGAUGUUGUGAGUGAGGUAAAUUGGGAGCCGCUGCUUGAUCUUGUAAGAGAGACAGAGGCGCGGCUUCUUCCUCUGGAGGAAGCAUUCACCCGUACUGAUGAUACGUACGACGAAGAUAUGAAGGAUGUCCCUUGGGAGGAUAUCCGUAUAAUUUAG